AAUUUGCCAUCACACGAAAGAGAUAGAAAUAAACAUUAAACAAAACAGACCAUAACGUGCGGUUUAGACUUUCUAGACUUCCUCAAAUAUAAACUAAAAUUGCCAUCCGUUCAAGAUCUAUUUCACAUAUUUCAUUGUCACCUCUUCCUCCUCUUCUUCUUCUUCUUCAAAUCUUCUCUCUGAAACUGAAAAUUUCACCCAACAAUAUCAAUGCAUGCAAAAACAGAUUCAGAAGUGACCAGUUUGGCCCCGUCGUCGCCAAAUCGAGCGGUUUACUACGUGCAAAGUCCAUCGAGGGAUUCUCACGAUGGAGAAAAGACUACGAAUUCAUUCCAUUCUACGCCGAUUCUCAGUCCGAUGGGGUCUCCGGGCCGCCACUCCCGGGACUCCUCCUCUACCAGAUACUCCGGCUCGCUGAAGCCGGGAUCGCAGAAAUCGAGUAAUGGAUCGAGGCGGAACCACCACAACCACCGGAAGGCGGAGAAGGGUUGGAAAGAAUUCGAUGCCAUUGAAGAGGAGGGGCUUCUUGAUGAAGAGGGUGGCCAUAAGGGUGUUCCACGGCGGUGCUAUUUGCUUAUCUUCAUUGUUGGUUUCUUUGUGCUGUUUAGUUUCUUUGCUUUGAUCUUGUGGGGUGCAAGCAGAAAUCAGAAACCUAUUGUCACUGUUAAGAGUAUAAUGUUCGAUAAAUUUAUGAUCCAAGCUGGGUCAGAUAACUCCGGCGUUGGAACUGAGAUGGUGACCAUGAAUACUACCGUCAAGCUUAUUUUCCAUAACACUGGUACAUUUUUUGGCGUUCAUGUAUCGUCCACUACAUUAGAUCUAUCGUUCUCCGAACUGAGAGUAGCGAGUGGAACUAUAAAUAAAUUUUAUCAAUCGAGAAAAAGUCGAAGACAGAUAACGGUGAUGUUGAGAGGAAGCAAUAUUCCAUUAUAUGGAGGAGGAGCAAAUUUAAGCAGCCAAGAUGGGAAGCCAGUUGCACCUGUGCCAUUGACAUUGAAUUUCAUGAUUCGAGCCAGGGCCUACGUGUUGGGUCGAUUGGUGAAGCCCAAGUUUCGUAGAAGGGUUCAAUGCUCUGUGGUUAUGGAUCCCAAGAAAAUGAACGUGGCUCUUUCUUUGAAGAAUAACUGCACUUACAAUUAAAUUAUGGGCCGGUCGGGUUUCGUAUAAAAUCGAGAUCACGUGGGUGCAUAGUCAUAUUUAUGGGCCGGGGCCAGGAGUUGACAGGCCUCAAUAGUGGCACGUGAUGAGGUUAGAGAUUUUGGAAAACCAAGAUUUGUAUUGCAUUUUAGCCAGCUCCUUUAUUUUUAUUUUUUUGUUUAUUUCCAGAAAAUAAAAUAAAAAACUAAAAUUAGAAAGAAAAAAAUAGAAAUGGAAAAAAAAAAAAACUUGGGCCUGGCAGCCCAUCCAGCCCAGACUUGGCCACGUGGGGGCCCUGCGCUUUUUCUACUUCCUUGUAUCACUAUUUGUUGCUGUGUAUUGUUUGUUGUACAUCACCGUUUAGAAUAUUCAAAUUAAUUUAAGGAAUAAUUGUUAUAUUCUAAUUAA